GUGACGCAAGUCGUGCUGAGCCAGGGCCGGGGAAGGGCUGAGCGAAUCGCCGAGGCUAGCGGGCCGGGCGCGCCUCCUCGGCCACUAUGAGUUGCACUAUCGAGAAGAUCUUGACGGACGCCAAGACGCUGCUGGAGCGGCUGCGCGAGCACGAUGCGGCGGCUGAGUCGCUGGUUGACCAGUCGGCCGCGCUGCACCGGCGGGUGGCGGCGAUGCGGGAGGCGGGCGCCGUGUUACCGGAGCAGUACCAAGAGGAUGCAUCCGACGUGAAGGACAUGUCUAAAUAUAAACCUCAUAUUCUGCUGUCUCAAGAGAAUACCCAGAUUAGAGACUUGCAGCAGGAAAACAGAGAGCUGUGGGUUUCCUUGGAGGAGCACCAGGAUGCGUUGGAACUCAUCAUGAGCAAGUACCGGAAACAGAUGUUACAGUUGAUGGUUGCUAAAAAAGCAGUGGAUGCUGAACCAGUUUUGAAAGCUCACCAGUCUCACUCUGCAGAAAUUGAAAGUCAGAUCGAUAGAAUCUGUGAAAUGGGAGCGGUGAUGCGGAGAGCUGUUCAGGUGGAUGAUAACCAGUUCUGUAAGGUUCAGGAGAGACUAGCUCAGCUGGAGCUUGAAAAUAAGGAACUUCGAGAGUUAUUGUCCAUCAGCAGUGAGUCUCUUCAGGUUGGAAAAGAAAGCUCUGUGGCUCCUGCCUCUCAGGCCACCAAAUAACUGGACUUCUGAAGCCCAGCAUCGUGCCCAUCAAGGAGAGAAGGAUGGCCUCUCCUCCCCAACCAUGUCCAUCCAAGAGUCUUGACUUAGUGUUGGCUAGAGGUAUGGGUGGCAGUUUAGUUUGCCACUUGGUAUUCAUCGUCCUCUAACUAGUUUGGGGUGUGUUAGUGAAACUAGAAAAGUCUCCCAUUGCUAUGUCAGAGAUGACGUUGUCACUCUGGUCCGGAAUCUCUAUAACUGUUGCCAGCAGUUCAAUGUUGUUUUUCACAGCUUGGAAACGCUGAACACUUUUAUUAUAAAUAAGGAUUUUAUUUUAUAUAGGAUUAUAAAGCUUCCUUCUAAGAGUUUUUAAAAGAUUUAACUUUAUAAAAAUACAUAUUUGGUGUAAACCUGGAUUUUUUUUUCUUCCACUUGUAAAAGUAGCAUGAUUUCAAAGAAACAGUUUGGCAGAUUCUCUGAGUGACGUCACUCAUCCGUGGGGUUUUGAUCCUCUCUGGUGCUAGGAGUCGGCACUCCGUGUCUUUGCUCUUAAUUUGAGAGAAUCUAUUACAGUCCCCAGGAAGUAUGCUUGAAAACGAGUAAACUGGGUUUGGGUUGUUCCUCCUCUUCCUCCCCUCAAGGAUCUGCAGUCAUUCAGAGAGUGCUGAGGAACUUGGGCCUGUCCCUUCCUGUAAGCUAGUAGACAUACAUGACUGUACAUGUACAUUUGACUUAAAUGCCAAAAAUAGCCUUUAUUUAUUUAAUCAAGUAGUUUUCCAUUCUGUCUGCCUGGGGAAUCCUCAGGUUAGGUAGUUGCUUCAGAUGAGGAAUACACGUGUGCGCGAACACACACACACACACACACACACAAACACACAUCUCACAGGUUUCCCCACCUCCUAGCUCCUAGGCACUUUGAUUGACACACAACUGUGUCCUGCAGAGCAGAUCUGCCCAGAUUAGACUGGCAGCAGUACUUGGCUAUCUUUCCAUGUACUGGAUUUUCACAUGGAAGCAUUUUAUUACUCACAGAAUGUUAGCACAUUCCUGAUGUGUGCAGGCAAUCAAGAACAAUCCUGAGAUGCUAAUGGCUCCCUGUCAAGUCCUUCCCCUGUCUUGGUUUACUCACAUUUUAGAUUUAUCAAUAAUUCCUUUUGCACUAUGUGUUUGCCCAGAUGGACUUUGGUUUUCACUUUUCACGUUAAUUUUCACUCCAGCUGCUCCCCUUGAAGUAUCCCCUAAGGGCCCCAAGUGUGUACUCCACAAGCCCAUUGAGGGGCGGGUUCCUCUACCACUUUUCAACUGUCACAGCAGGUCCCAUGGACAGUGAUAGCUUAUCAGACAGUCUGAUCCAGCAGUGAGCACGGUGUCCCUUUAUCUGCCUUCCGUUCCCUUAGCAGUCACAACAAAGUUCUUUACAUCUAGCUCUCAGAGGAAUCUCUUCAUUUCAGUCCUGAGGAUAGAGCAAGCUUUCAGUGCCCUGUGUCAUAAACUCUGUGUGGUAUCAAUGCUGUGAAGGUAGUGCAGAGCUAGCACACUGAAUGGAGAAAGAAUGUUUCACACUGUGUGAAGAUGUUACUAUCUAUUGGAGUGGAUGGAAGUAUUUAGUGUAUAAAAUUUUAGUAUGAAAUUAUAUUUACUAAUAAAAACCUUUUUGAGAA